CAACACUGGUUUCGUAAGUUUGACGUUUAUAAACCUGAACUUAGCUGAUCAAAGAAUUUAUUUACGUACACAAUUUUCUGCCAUUGAUCAGUUAAAUUUCCAUAUUUUACCUUCGUGAGGACGCUUCAAAAUAUCGGAACAUUUCCGCCGUAUUAUAGGCAAUUGGAUCCGAUCGGAAAAGGACAAGACCUCGCGGAUGCCGACAUGUCUCGCGGACCUGGUCCCAUUCCGAACCGUUGGCUGCACUGCCCUCGGAAGUCCGAAACGCUAAUCGGGGACAAGUUUCUGGCGUUUAAGACACCGCUCAAGGAUGAUUUUGACUCGCAGAUGCCAAUUGAGUGCUGUUUCUCGCCGGAAAUGCUGUUCCAAGUGAUGAAGACCUACAAAGUAAAAAUUGGCCUGUGGAUCGACCUGACCAACACUAAUCGGUUCUACGACCGGUCAGACGUUGAGGACAACGGCGCCCAGUACGUUAAGCUGCAGUGUCGCGGGCACGGAGAAACACCCACCCGGGAGCAAACGAACGCCUUCAUAGAGAUAGUAGAGGAGUUUAACAGGGACCAUCCGAUGGACAUUGUUGGCGUACAUUGCACCCACGGAUUCAACCGGACCGGAUUUCUGAUUGUUUGCUACCUGGUUGAAAAGAAUGACUUUGCAGUGGAAGCCGCGCUGGCUGCGUUUGCUAAAUCGCGGCCGCCGGGCAUUUACAAAGAGGACUACAUUCGGGAACUGUUCCGACGGUACGAGGACGAAGAGGACGCGCCCCCGGCGCCUCCGCUGCCGGACUGGUGCUUUGAAUACGAUGAUACCCCCAACAACGGGCACGGUUCGGCCAUCAAUGUUCCGGUAGAUGAGUCGGACGAUAGAGCAGGCCAGCAGGCGGAUGAAAAUGGCGAAUUUUCCGGAAGUAAGCGUAAUCUCGGAGAAGACUCCGAGGAGUCGACCGGUGGCGCAAGCAAACGUAAAAAGCACAAGAAGGAGUUUGUAAACCGGAACGCCAAGUUUAUGGACGGUGUUCCCGGGGUGACGCACGUCAGCGACCAGCCACGGUUGGGCCAGCUGCAGCAGAUGGUUCAGAGCAUGUGCGGUUGGAGCUCGACGGGUUUCCCCGGUAGUCAGCCGGUUUCGAUGGACAACACUAACUUGAACUUGCUCCAUGUGAAGCCGUACAAGGUUUCGUGGAAAGCGGACGGCACUCGGUACAUGAUGCUGAUCGUGAAGAAGGGCGAAGUAUACUUCUUCGAUCGUGAUAAUUCGUGUUUUGCCGUCACGGGAAUAAGCUUUCCUCACUAUUCCAACCUUCAUAACCACCUAACGAACACGCUGCUGGACGGGGAAAUGGUAAUUGAUAAGGUGAACGGAGAAAAGAAGCCUCGUUAUUUGGUGUACGACAUUAUUCGCUACGAAAACGAGGACAUAUCAAAAAAACCAUUCGAUCCCGACCGUACAAUGUACAUCGAGAGACGUAUUAUAGGCCCUCGCACAGAAGCUAUGAAGCGCGGUCUGAUCGACCAGGCUCGCCAACCAUUCAGCAUAAGAAUCAAAGCGUUCUGGGACGUGACACAGGCCCAGGCACUUUUGGGACCAAAAUUCGCCAAAACGCUGUCGCACGACCCGGAUGGACUGAUCUUCCAACCGGCCAGGGAACCGUACGUGGCCGGAACCUGUCCGGACGUGCUAAAGUGGAAACCUUCCACGCUUAAUUCUGUCGAUUUUAGACUCAAAAUCGCCGAGGAAAGCGGAAUGGGAGUUUUGCGCAAAAAGAUUGGUUUGCUGUUUGUGGGCGGACUUGAGGCACCCUUCGAUAAGAUUAAAUUAACUAGAGAGUUGAAGGAGUUGGACAACAAAAUCAUCGAAUGUAAAUACGAGAACAAUGCGUGGGUGUUUAUGCGCGAGCGGACGGACAAGUCCUUUCCGAAUAGCUUCAACACGGCAAAAAGCGUUUGCCACAGUAUUCGUUAUCCGGUGACGACCGAGAUUCUGCUCAAUUUUAUCGACAAAAAAAGGUACAGAGAGGAAGACACGUUCCGGAUGCCCAACCCCCCGGAGUAAGAACAACGCUUCCAGAAAAAUAUCAGUAGUUGAAAUGUGUUUUAUUCUCGCCGACAAAAGAGUGAUUAAAAUGUGCAGCAGAAACUCUUCUAUAAAAUUAAAUACUCGAUUAAUUCGA